AUGGCAUCUACCACCAUCUCUCAAAGCGUGAUAGCUAACGACGACAUCUUUGUGCGUACAGACUUGGUUGGCCUGGCAGCAAUUUCACUCGUCGAUGGCGACCUCAAGCUACUUUGGCGGAAGAUCAUAAGCCAGGCCUUGACCUUUGAGGAGGCAGUGAAGAUAGUAAGCCGACAUGUGUCGUUGCAUUUCAGCUAUCUGGAAUCCCUCGCAAACACAAAGACGCAACGCACUCUGGUCAUCACUCUGAAGCUCGUUGAGAAAAACGUCAGCGCCAGAAUAAUAGAAGCUAUUGAAAGCAACGCCGACAGUGAGGAUGAAGCAUCGUUGAAGCCUUCUGCAAGGCUCGAGGGAUCUCAAGAGCUUCUCGAUCGACAGGUUUUUCUGGCUCACGGGCAGGCUAUUGAAGAACUAAAAGCAAGACUCAAGGAUACCGUCACUGACGAGAGCUCUUCUUUCCCAAAAUCAGCAUUAACAAUCUAUUAUGCUGGAAUCCGAAAUGUCUUGGAUCGUUUCUCAGCAAAGCUGACAAGGGCAUGCGGAACCAGCGAAACUGGGGGUACGCCAAAAGCUCACAUAAUGGAAUGGACUUGCCCCUCCCGUGGUAGACGACUUAGAGACAGGUACGUCGAAAGGCAGGAUGGAGCAUUCGAGAAGUUGAAGAUGCUCCUCAAUGCAUAUUCCUCUAGAAGAUGGAAAGAAGGAGCGCUACCUAUGAUUGAAGCAGAAGACGCAGGACAGACUCAAUCGAAAUGCAUUGGGCAUCUUCUACCCAGCUUUUGGAACUGGCAGGCGGAUACUCCAACUCACAAAUUCGUCCUCCUUUGCAUUCCCUACAUGAGAUGGGGUACAAAAGCCCAUCAGCCCAACGUAUGCGCGAUUGAGUCAGAUCAGCAAUUCUUCAACUUUCUACGCGCGUCCUAUGACACCUAUCGUACGCAAGGUCGCUGGAAUUGGCUGAGAAAUGUGAAAGCCAUUGAUCUUGUCAAGUUCGAAUUAUUCCGCAACGAACUGGCCAACGUCCACGACUCUGCGUUCUUGCCUGUUGGAAGCGACUUCGAAUAUGAGCAAUCUGAUACAGAGCCUCCUAUUGGACCCAAUCUUAUGAUGCAUCUCUUCGAAAACCCCAACCACGCUGAUAUCUUUCCUGUUCUGCUCCGAAGAAUUCCAAGGAAGAUGAAAGAACGGCUUCGCCCGUGUCCAAAGAAGGGCAGUUCAAUUGGAUGGGGUGUACAGUUUAGAGAAACCUUGAAUGAGAUGUACGUCUUUGCUUUUGGAUGCAUAGGCUUCAUGUUGUGCCUGGUAAUUUCAGUGGUAUACACUCUUAUGAAAGACGACAUACAGGGAGGCUUUGCAAUCGGUGGGUUUGUCUUGGCUUUUCUUCUUUUUUGCGGAGGGACUUUGCAUUCAUACGUCGCUUGA